AUGCGGCGGCUGCUGUCGCAGGCCGUGCCUGCUUUGCACAUGAAGGCUCAGUCUGUUGCCGAGCUCGUCAGCAGCGAGCGGCACUACAUGCGCGAGCUGCCGGCCUCCGCCGCUGCAGCAGCAGCAGCAGCAGCAAGGGCGCCAGGUGCAGCAGCUGCCGCCCCGGGGGCUGCUGCAACAGCCGCCGGGGCGCUGUACGACCCGCGGUACCUGGUGUUUGAGUUCGCGUACAGUUUGCUGCUGCGGCGGUCGCAGGUGCUGCUGCUGCAGCAGUUUCGAGACAGCGUCAAGGCCGGGCGCUCGCUGUGCCACCAAAUGAUUAUGGGGGCUGGGAAGACUACAGUGGUGGCGCCGCUGCUGGCGUUGCUGCUGGCAGACGGGCAGCAGCUAGUGGUGUCAGUGGUUCCUGCUGCGCUGCUGCACUUCUCGCGUGCUGCGCUGCGGGAGCGCUUCAGCGCCAUUUUCCAAAAAGGAGUUUUCGUUCUUUCUUUUUCGAGACAAGACGAAGUCUCUGCUGCUCUUUAUCUCAAGUUGCUGCAGACGCGGGACAGCCGCGGGAUCGUCAUUGCCACCCCCACAGCUGUCAAGUCCUUUUUGCUGAAGGCUCUCCACCUCAUGCAUGUGCUGCAGGCAGCAGCAGCAGGUGCUGCAGCAAAGGGGGCCCUCGAGAGGGGCCUCACCGCCGUGGAGAACAUCGGCGCUUCCCACCUCAGAAAGCUCCAGUCCCACUUCUCCAAGCUCCUCAGAAUGCCCAAAGCCGGUCAGUCCCCCGCAGCAGCAGCAGCAGCACCAGCACCAGCAGCAGCAGCAGCAGCAGCAGCAGCGGGGGGCGGUGCGUGUGUGUGCAGCAGCAGGGGGGCCCCUGGAGGGGCUGGAGGCGUCGGCGCUGGGCCCCGCAGCUGCUGA